AGUUGAAUCCUGCGCACACCAGCUUCCGGUGUCCUGUGUAGUGUGUGUUCGUUGCUCCCUCGCGUUGGAUUUAGUUUGAGUGCAAACUGUGAUCUCCACUUUUCUCCAGAAGUGGUGUAAAGUCAGCUGCAACAGUUUGAGUGACGGAGGAGGAAGAAACGAGCCGCCAAGAUGCCGCGAAUCAUGAUCAAAGGAGGCGUCUGGCGCAACACUGAGGAUGAGAUCCUCAAGGCAGCGGUGAUGAAAUAUGGGAAAAACCAGUGGUCUCGUAUCGCUUCCCUGCUGCACCGCAAGUCUGCCAAACAGUGCAAAGCCAGAUGGUACGAGUGGUUGGACCCCAGCAUCAAGAAAACAGAAUGGUCCAGAGAGGAGGAGGAGAAGCUGCUCCAUUUGGCCAAGCUGAUGCCCACUCAGUGGAGGACCAUCGCUCCUAUCAUAGGACGCACUGCUGCACAGUGUCUGGAGCACUAUGAAUACCUGCUAGACAAAGCAGCACAAAGAGACAAUGAGGAAGAAGUGGGAGACGACCCCAGGAAGCUAAAACCUGGAGAGAUCGACCCAAAUCCUGAAACUAAACCUGCCAGACCCGACCCUGUGGACAUGGACGAAGAUGAGCUGGAGAUGCUGUCAGAGGCCAGAGCUCGACUGGCCAACACCCAGGGCAAGAAAGCCAAGAGGAAGGCCAGAGAGAAGCAGCUGGAGGAAGCCAGACGGUUGGCUGCUCUCCAGAAGCGCAGAGAGCUGAGAGCGGCAGGAAUCGAUGUUCAGAAGAAGAGGAAGAAGAAGAGAGGAGUGGACUACAAUGCUGAAAUCCCCUUCGAGAAGAAACCUGCUCAGGGUUUCUACGACACCAGCAUGGAGCAGUACAACGCUCUGGAGCCAAACUUCAAACGACUCAGACAGCAGCACUUGGACGGAGAGCUACGCAAUGAGCAGGAGGAGAGGGAGAGGAAGAAAGACAAACAGAAGAUCAAGAAGAAGAAAGAGAGCGACCUCCCAUCUGCCAUCCUGCAGACCAGCGGCGUGGCUGAGUUCACCAAGAAACGCUCCAAACUGGUUUUACCUACACCACAGAUCAGUGAUGCUGAACUGGAGGAAGUCGUCAAACUGGGUGUUGCCAGCGAGGUCGCCCGUCAAGCUGCAGAGGAGAGCGAAAGCGGUAACUCUGCCUCCUCCGCCCUCCUGUCAGAGUACAGCGUCACCAACGCCAUGGCAACGGGGCUGCGUACCCCACGCACCCCUGCUGCCCAGGACAGGAUACUGCAGGAAGCUCAGAACCUGAUGGCUCUGACCAACAUCGACACCCCUCUGAAGGGAGGCCUCAACACCCCGCUGCACGAGAGCGACUUCAGUGGCGUCACACCUCAGCGGCAGCUCGUACAAACACCCAACACUGUUCUCAGCACACCGUUCAGAACACCUUCACAGGGUCAGGGGCAGGAGGGCAUGACGCCUCAAGCUGGAGGAGCGAUGACCCCACGUGGGGCAGCGACCCCAGGUUUGACCCCCGGCCGCACUCCGCUCAGAGACAAACUGAAUAUCAACAGUGAGGAGCAGCUGGCCGACCCUGCGUACGCCAAACACCUGCAAAGAGAAAGCCUGCAGCAGCUGAGGCAGGGCCUGAUGUCACUUCCUGUCCCCAAGAACGACUUUGAGAUCGUUCUUCCGGAAAAUGCAGAGAAGGAACUGGAAGAGACGGAGACAGAGACGGGAUUCAUCGAGGACUCUGCAGAUGUAGAAGCACGCAAACAGGCUUUACGGGAUGCAGAGAGGGAGAAGGAGCUGAAGCUGCGACACACUGCUGUUCAGAGGAGCCUCCCCAGACCUACUGAGGUUAACGAGUCUGUCCUCCGUCCCACCUCCAUGGAGCCGCUCUCAGACCUGCAGCUGGCCGAGGAGCUGAUCAAACAGGAAAUGAUCACCAUGCUGCACUUCGACUGCCUGCACCACCCGUCAGCCAAUGCAGCCAAUCAGCUGCAGCGCGGCAAAACCAGAGGCCCCACGUCGACGUCUAACAACGCUUCUCACAUAGGCUACCUGGAAACACAUUCCUACAAACCAGUCAGCACAGAGGAGAUGGAGCAGGCGAAGGCGAUACUGGCAUCAGAAAUGGAGGUGGUGAAAGCAGGAAUGGGUCACGGUGAUCUCAGCAUGGAGGCCUACAGUCAGGUGUGGGAGGAAUGCUACGGACAGGUGUUAUAUCUACCUGCUCAGAACAGGUACACCAGAGCGAACCUGGCAUCAAAGAAAGACCGAAUUGAGAGCCUGGAGAAAAAGCUGGAUGUGAACCGUGGUCACAUGACAGCAGAGGCACGGAGAGCAGCCAAGCUGGAGAAGAAACUCAAAAUCCUACUGGGAGGGUUUCAGUCCAGAGCUCUGGGUCUCCUGAAGCAGCACAAUGAACUCUGGGAACAGGUGGAGCAGUCAGCCACAGAGCUUCAGACCUUCAGUCAGCUUAAGAAACAAGAGGAUACUGCCAUUCCCCGGAGACAAGCGGUAUUAAUAAUUUAAUUAAUGACACACACACACGAAUACUGUGCCAGUGAAA